UGAACCUCCACCCACCACCUGUCCUGACCUCACUGAACCAACCAAUGGAGUGAUCAUCUAUAGCUCUAGUACCUCACCACACCCUCAGGGAACCAUGGCUACACAGAUCUGCUUGAAUGGAUACGUACCCUCCACUACCAGCACUGCUACCAGAGUGUGUCUAUCUAACGGAUCGUGGAGUGGAGCAGAUCUCACUUGUCAAUCCUCUACUGGCUGUUCCUGUCCCCAGAGUGACAACACUGGUGCUGUGGUGGGAGGAGUGGUGGCAGUGGUGGCUAUAGUAACUGGUGUAGUGAUGGUGACCUACCUAGUGCUCCGGUACAAGAGAGGAGGGAAACUAGAUAAGGAAGAGGUUGUGCAUGGCUGCAACGGAGACUCAAGGUAUUCAGCUUCUGCUGCUGUUACUGUUGUGUGCUGUAUCCACCUGCUGGGGACAAGUCACAUGUUCUGAUAAUCUUCCGGCCCCCACUAAUGGAGACAUAACCUAUGCUGGUGGAUCCACUGACAACAGACCAGUGGGUGCUACAGCCAGUUACGUUUGUUUUGGUCCAUACACUCUGGUUGGAGUGUCAGUGAGGACUUGUGGGAGUGAUGGAGAGUGGAGCUCAACACCAGCUCCACUGUGUCAGAUGAUAACUUGCUCUGACUUACCCUCACUGACAAAUGGGGACAUCGACUAUGGGGGUGCUGGAUCCCCUGGCAGCAGACCAGUGGACACUGUGGCCACCUACACCUGUGACACUGGAUACACUCUCAAUGGAGGCAGCACCAGGACUUGUGGGAGUGAUGGAGUGUGGAGUGGGUUUGCUCCAGUGUGUCAGACUAACUGCCUUGACUUACCCUCACUGAUCAAUGGGAUGAUCAUGUACAGUGGUGGAUCCCCUAGCAACAGACCUUUCGGCUCUAGUGCUACAUACUCCUGUAACCCUGGCUACACUCUCACUGGAGGUACUCUCAGUGUAGGUACCACCAGGUUUUGUGUGACUGAAGGGAUCUGGGAUGGGUCACCUCCAACUUGUCAGCUGCGAACUUGUUCUGAUUUACCACCACUAAUGAAUGGAGGCAUUACCUAUGAGGCUGGACUUGUUGACAGCAGACCUGUUGAUACCUUUGCUACCUACACUUGUGACAAUGGCUACACUCUCACUGGAGGGAAUUUCAGAGUUUGUCAGAAUGAUGGGACCUGGAGUGGAUCAACUCCAACUUGUCAGCGAUUUUGUUCUGAUUUACCACCACUAAUGAAUGGAGGCAUUGCCUACACUGAUGGACUUGCUGACAGCAGACCUAUUAAUACCAUUGCUGCCUACACUUGUGACAAUGGCUACACUCUCACUGGAGGGAGUUUCAGAGUUUGUCAGAAUGAUGGCACCUGGAGUGGAACAGCUCCAACCUAUCAAUUGAACACAGGACCCACUGAACCACCCACCACCUGUCCUGACCUCACUGUGCCAAUCAAUGGAAUGAUUGGCUACAAUAUGGGGACUGCUAGUCUGAGACCAGUGGACACUGUGGCCACAUACACCUGUGACACUGGCUACACUCUCAAUGGAGGCACCACCAGGACUUGUGGGAGUGAUGGAGUGUGGAGUGGGUCACCUCCAACUUGUCAAGCCACUUGUCCUGACCUCAUUGUACCAGCCAAUGGAGUGAUCAUCUACAGUCCAGCUACCACCCCCAGACUAGAGGGAACCGUGGCUACACAGAGCUGCUUGAAUGGAUACGUACCCUCCAUUACCAGCACUAACAGAGUGUGUGGAGCUGACAGAUUGUGGAGUGGAUCAGCUCUCACUUGUCAAUUACCUCCUGUCUACGUCUCCAUGGGAACCACCAACUAUGCUGCUGUGAACUCACAGGUUGCCAUAGACACCAUCGGAGAUACCACUGAGACAGCAUUGACUUGCAGAACUGACUCAACUAUUUGCUGUACAGGACGAGAUAAUCCCAAUAGUGAUAAUGGAUUAGGAGAUUGGCUACUACCGAAUGGAACAGUUGUCACUAGGAGUCUGGACAUUACUGAUUCAGACACUGAUCUACUGUACAGUGUUGGAGAUACAGGUGCACUCAGACUCCAUCGUCGAGGGUCUGUGUCAGGCCCCACUGGCUCCUACUGCUGUGUGAUUCCUGACAAUACCGGGGUCAUCCAAGCCUUCUGUGUGGAGUUAGUGACUGAAGUCAUCACUACCUCUCCCUCCACUACAACCUCUACUGAUGAGACCUCUCUCUGUCAGUGUGACAACACUGGUGCUGUGGUGGGAGGAGUGGUGGCCCUGGUAGCAAUGGUGGUGAUUGCAGUCACUGUAGUGAUGGUGACCUACCUAGUGCUCCGGUACAAGAGAGGAGGGAAAAUGACUGUUCCUCGAGAUAUCUCCCUUACUGACCAGGGUCAAAGUGCAGCCGCUACCUACGAGACCGUCCCUGCCACUUAUGAGGAGAUCCCAGCCUCCAGAGAGGUCAAAGGUGACUACAGCUACACACAGAACAAUGCCUACUCGACUGUGAGUGGGCGUGAGGCUCCUGCUGCUGGAGGAAUAUACAAUAACUGAACUAUCACAUGACUCAAGUAGAAAGUAAUUAUGUCUUGAAUUUUAUUUGUUAGUUUGUACAGAGCACACAGUUAUACAUACUUCAUCAGUCCCUCCCCUUCUCACAAUGUGUUUCACCUCAAAAAUUUGAUGGUUUUCCAUAA